UACUGGGCUUAAUUUUGUGCGUAAAAUUUUGAAAAAUCCAAAAAUGAAUAUCCUUCUUAAAGUUGUGCUAUUGGUUUGUGUGUUAAAGGCUAGUGGAAAGCCAAUAACACCGGAAGAGGGUCAAGCAAUGUUUCUUGAUAUUCUAAAUAAUUGUAAAGGAGCAGAAGGUGCAAGUGAAGACGAUGCACUAGGUAUUAUGACACAUUCGAUUCCAACGACUAAAACCGGCAGCUGUCUAAAUAUUUGUGUCAUGGAAAAAACUGGAAUCGUAAAAGAUGGCAAAUUUUCGCUUGAAGGUGCUGUUCAAAUUGCUGGAAUGGGUGGCGAUCCACAAAAAGCGACAAAUAUUGCCACUUUGGGGGCUGAAUGUGUGUCUCUUGUUGGAGCUGAUCGCUGUGACCUUGGAACAAAAAUUAUGGAAUGUUUGCAUAAAGGAUCUGCGGCAUUGGGAAUUAAUCCAGCCACUGAUUUAAUGUAAAUAUUCGAAAAUUUGAUUGAUUAGCCAAAGCUUCGAUGAUCGAUGCGCUACAAUGGACAUGAGUGCAACCUGAAUAUUAGGUCAUUAUGAUUACUAUCGUAUAUCGACUGCAGACUACAUUCACCACUUCAAAUCAAGAGAAUUUCAUAAAUGAUUUAUCAUCUCCAUCCUUUUGAAACCAUUGUCUUAAGUAAACUGAAUAUCACAAAAUGCU